AUGGCGCCCACAGUUUCCUCAAUAGCAGCGCCGUCAGGUACUGUUAUAGUUGAUCAAUCUGGAUCUGGACAUUUUACAGCCAUCAACCAAGCUGUGGCUUACGCUCAAGUAUCUACCCAACCUCCAGUCCUCGUCAGAGCCGGAACGUAUCAUGAAGUGAUCACCGUAUCCGGGACUGCUCAAGUCAACGUCAUCAGUGAAAGCGCAGAUGCAACCAGCUACAGCAAGAACCAAGUCAUUGUCUCGAACACAUCUGCGCCUCUGACGUUCUCAGUUGGUGGUGUUCAGGGGACAGCAUGGCGGAACAUCAAUUUCAUCAAUACCAACACAGGUACCGCUCCUGCUGUGUCCCUUCGCUCAAAGCAGAAUGCAUUCUACAACUGCCAAUUCAUCUCUUCCGGAGCUGGUACAAUAACGGCCUCGAAUGUCGGGACGAUCUUGAUUGCGAAUUCAUAUAUCGAAGGUACUGACAAGUUGUUCUCUGGCUACCUUGGGGUCUAUGUGUAUAGCUCCACCAUUGUUCCAACAGCCAGUUCAUCCAUAGUCGUCUAUAGUAAGGGGUACUCGACGCCGACUCAGUUUUCUCAAACAGUCAUCGACUCCUGCACAAUCUCUCAAAAGACUGGUCUCUCCAACACCUAUGUGUAUUUGGCUGGAGCCAAUGGCGACGGAUCACAAGCUGUUUACAAGUACUCAAGCAUAGCAGGAUUCGUUGCUCCAGGUGGAGUGAGAACAUGGGGCACGAAUGGUUUUUACGGAGAAUACCAGACAACGGGUCUUGGUAGUUUCUCGUAUGACUCUAAACGCAUUGAUGCUCACAUGAAUUCAUCAAUGCUCUCAAACUGUACGAUCGAUUAUGUGUUUGCAAAUUCCUUCACUGGAUUUACAAGUGCUGCAAUGUCGUGGGUGGAUUCUUUGGUGCUGAGGUCCAUCGCCGCGGCAAAUGUCGUCGUGUCAAGCUCGGGCUCGAGUUCAUCUGCCUUGACCAGCUCAUCCAACGUUUCUUCGCCGAGUACUGAGUCCCAAACUUCCAUACAGACAGCUACGUCUAUGUCUGCUAGUUUUUCAGCAACAGGCGGCUCAUUGACUGUUAUUACGACGAGCCAGACUUCCUCCUCAGUAUCACCGACCGCGACAUGUGAUCUGCCCGCGAGUAUCCCUUCGACCGCACUUGUCGUCGGUCCGAGCGGAUCUUGUGCUCAAUACAACACCUUCAGUUCAGCAAUUGCAGCACUCCCAAAGGAUUCCACUACGCAAUACGUUUAUAUCCUGGCCGGGACAUACACUUAG